AUGACAAAUCUAUGCCAGAAAGUAGAAAAAAUAGAAACAGAAGUACAGAAUCUGAAAACUAAUAGUCAGCAGCAUGACUCUAAAAAUGCGGAGCUAGGUCAGCAGCAUGACCAAAAACAUGCGGAGCUACAAGGAGACGUUGGGAAACUCCGAAAAACCCAUAACAAUGUUUGUUCAAAUGCAGCUACAGCCAGCACAUCUACAGCAGGACAAUCUACAAAAAAGGAGGAGGCUAAGGUAAAAUAUACAAAUGUAAAUAUGAAUAAGUUAUUCUCAAAACCAUAUACUCCUCAAAAUACCCAAAAAGAUAUAUCUGUUACCCCACAGACAAAUACCUACAAAGCUAGCCUAGAAUCCCAGAAACAAACAUAUAAUUACAUAUCCAGGACAUAUAUCGAAAAUAUAUACAAAGUACAAACAUUUCUAAACCAAAACCCCAGAGCUAAAAAUACGAAAAAUCCCAAUGAAGACUAUAUAACCCAAUAUUUACAAGGAUAUAAUAAGCUAAUUGCACAGCCAGGAACUAAUCCAAAUCUAAUAGCAACUUGCUACAACUAUGGCUUGCUUAGCACAGUAUAUACAGUGACAGGAGAUGAGAUAUCCAAGAUACCGGAACUAUAUAAAGCAUUUUUGCAAUAUAAGAGGAUAACUAAAGGCACUCUUUUCUAUAUAAAGUUUUAUGCAGCUACAGCAGAAAUACUAUAUGACGAAGUCAAACCUACAAUCCAAGUUAUAAAAAUUGGAUUAACAAGGGAAAUGAUAAUCCCUGAGAAGAUAGAUACCCAGGAAGAGAUACAGAAAGUAGAUAUUCCGGAAUUCUAUGCAAACAAGAGAACUAUCGGAAUAGCUACCAUAUUAAACGAGAUAACAAAUAAUUAUUUAAACGAAAAUGCAAUAUGGACAUAUUACAACAGAGACCAGACAAUUAUCUAUUCAAACUGCAGAGAUAUAAGAGAAGCAUAUAUGGAAGAGUUAAGACAAUGGAUAUUAAGUCUACUUAGACCAGAAACUACGCCCACAACAAGAGCUAUUCGGAAGAACUUCAUUUCCUCCAAUCUAAUGACAAGAUACUGUAAAUUGACUGGGCAAAAAUAUCCGGAUCACCUAUGCUCAAAGUGUGAAGGAGAAGAAAAUUACAUACCAGAUGUACAAUUAGAAUAA